AUGGCCGCGCCCAAGCCACGAGAUCCCCUCGAUGCGCUACAGACGCUACUCAACGAUGUGCUCGUGCAAACCGGCAAAGCUCUACGCGCAUCCAGGAGGGAUAGCCAGGGAAACCUCGCGCUGCCCCAAGGCAUGUCACAAUCGAAACUGCCCCUCACUAUCGACGCCUUUCACAAGACUCUCGAUGACCUAGAAAGCGAUAUUAUGAAAGCCAAGUCUGUCAUUCUGCGCGAUCUGAACCAGCUCCAUGCCGACCAGUCGACGGGACAGCCGCAGCAAUUGCAGCCCGCCCUUCCCAUCGAAGCGCAAACUAAGCAACCCAUCUCCAUCGACGCCGAUUCCCCGCCUCCGCCCUCGAUUCUAGCCCACACUAAACCCGCACUCGCGCCUUUCCCGGUAAUGGACGCCGGCAACAUGACGAAUGGCGACGAUACGGUCAAGACGGAAGACAAUGCACACUUUACAAACACCAAUCCAGCCAACCACGCUGUCAAGACGGAAGGCACAGCAGCCCCCGAAGCACCCAUGAUGGCCGAGUCCAACUUUACCGACAUGCAGUUCUCGCUUGCGCCCGCCGACGCCUCACAAGGCCAGAGCACGACUGGCCCUGGCGCUUUUGACAUGUCAUCUUUCCCACCCGGCGACUCCAUGAUUUCACUCGACAAUAUGAUGCCCGCCAAUGGUCAGCCCGCCAACGCCAGUGGCAGCAACAUGGGUGGCACGGCAGUGCCCGCGACGGCGACGGAGGCGAUCAAGACGGAGCCCGUCAAGGACAAUGCCAACGCCAACGAGUCCAACUUUGAAGAAUUCUUCACAAACGAUGCUAGCCAGGCCGACGGCAUGGACUUUGACUUUAGCCUCGGCGGCACUGGUGGCGGAGGUGGAGGCAGCGGUGGUGGUGGCAUGGGUGAGGACACGUUUGAUGAUCUGAUGAAUGACCGCGACGGCACGUUUGAGCUGAUGAGCAAUGAAGAUUUUGACGCUGCCUUCUUUGGUCUUGACAACAGAGACGGCACGUCUUGA